AGGCAAACCCGGUAUAACUUUCACUAUAAACGGAAUCACCUCUACUUCAGGACGCACAUCAAAAUCCCCAAAAUGGCAACCUUGGAUGCCCAGGAAAUAAGAGAAAUAAUUGAGCGCUUUCGAGUUCUGAUCGUAGGGAGAGCAAACGCAGGCAAAACGACCAUUCUUCAGAAGGUCUGCAACACUACAGAUGAACCAGAAAUCUACGAUGCCAAAGGAAGAAAGAUCGAUGCUGACGUCGUAAAAUCCUCGAUCAAGCGCGGAAAUCACAACAUCUCAAACGAAAUGGUGUUCAAAAGCAAUCCUGGUUUUGUCUUUCAUGACUCUUGCGGUUUUGAAGCGGGCUCUGAAGGAGAGUUUGAGGACAUGAAGAAAUUCGUCUCAGAACGCGUACACGCGAAGAAACUGGAGGAGCGAAUCCAUGCCAUCUGGUAUUGUAUUCCGAUGGACGAACCAAGUCGAACAUUCCAGCGGUCGGAGGAGAAGUUCUUCUUGGAGUGCGACACUGGGCAUGUUCCUGUGGUUGUAGUGUUCACCAAGUUCGAGGCUCUGCGUCCAUUCGCGUAUGGUGAACUCAAGAAGCAACUAAAAGACAUAUCCGCAGAAGAACGCUCAAAGAGGAUUGCAAAACGCGUCGAAGAGCUGUUCACUCAGACAGGUGUCUGUGAUAGGUUAUGUGACUCUGAAAACCGCACCCGUCCUAAGUUCUACGUACGCUUGGAGAAUAUGAACAAGCCAAAUACAAAUUGUAACACUCUACUGGAACGCACCACCUUCGCACUGGAUAACGAAGAAUUACGGUUGUGCUUGGUAUCGACACAACAAUCAAACCUGGAACUUUGUAUAAAAUGCGCCGUUGCAACACUUGUUGAUCAUGCACAUAAACUAUUUGGGCUACUUCGAAUCAAUGAUGGUGUCUAUCAGUAUGACAUUGCUAAGUGGUUUCCUCAUCUCAAAGUAAGACGAAUAUCUAUUCAAUCUGACGAUGCCCUGGUGAUGGUGCUCAUGGAUGUUGCACAUCAAUAAACAGCUGGUGAGAGUCGGUAAAUGUCUUGAUUGUUUGUAGUCCUCGACCCCUGCUUAUGAUCUCCAUCCCCUCGCCUGUCGACAGUGG